AUCCAUUCUAUUAUCCAGGCUUUUCUUCUCUUCUUUUCUUUCCUUGCAUUAAGUGACUUUUAUGAUCUAUACAUUCAAACUGUGGUUGCUUAUCCUUCUAUCAGCCGUUGUGAAGGCACAGGAAGCACCUUCAGAUACAGUUCUAGAUGAAUGUACAGCAGAACACAUAACUGAUUAUAAUAUGCCAAUGAGAAUUGGCGCACUGUUCAUUAUUCUAGUCACUAGUUCGCUUGGCAUAUUUACACCCAUCAUCAUGCAUAGAAUAUCACCUUAUACCAAAGGAAGUAGCAGAGACUGGUUACUCACCAUGGGCAAAUUUUUCGGAACAGGUGUCAUUUUAGCAACCGCGUUUGUACAUAUGCUUCCCGAGGCAUUAGAGAAUUUCAGUAGUCCUUGUCUCAGCCCCGGGUGGCAGUCUUAUUCCUCUUUUGCCGGUGUGUUUUGUAUGAUUGCUUCAUUUGCUCUCCAAUUGUUAGAACUCGCCGCGGUUGCAAAUAUCGAAAGACUCCGUUCGAACAGAAUGGCCAAUCAUUCAGCAAGCGAUAUUGAAAAGCAAGAAGCAGGCACUUCUUGCUCCAUUAAUUCUGAUUCAACUGGCUGCACAGCCAGAACUCCUCCUGCAAUACACGAUCAUGAAGGUCAUGUUCACAGCGCUGGAUUAUUCGAAGAACCAGAUGCAUUCAAGCAUGUUGGAACCUUUAUUUUAGAACUUGGCAUUGUUAUGCAUUCUAUCAUCAUUGGCAUCACCCUAUCUAAUACAGGCAGCGAAGAAUUUGUAACGCUCUUAAUUGCACUCGUCUUUCAUCAGUUCUUUGAAGGUGUCGCCUUAGGCACGAGAAUUAAUGACAUGGAUAUCAAGGGAUGGAAAAAACCAGUACUGAUGGCACUUUUAUUCGUCCUCAUGACCCCCAUCGGUUGUGCCAUUGGUAUCGGGAUUCACUCUUCAUUUAAUCCUAAUUCAUCAUCGGCUAUCCUAGCUUCAGCCAUCCUUGAUUCCCUUUCAGCUGGCAUCUUACUUUACAACGCAUAUAUCUCAUUAAUGAGUCAAGAGAUUAAUCAUAAUGCAGACUUCCGCAAAACUUCUCUUAGGAGAAAGGCCGUUUGUUUUAUCUCAAUGUAUUGCGGUGCUGGACUCAUGGCAUUAUUAGGCAAAUGGGCCUAGAUAUAUCCUCUCUAUAUUAUAUAGCAUUUGUAAUCAUUUCAUUCACAUCAUACUUUGUAUAUCAUAGCAAUAAACAAAAAGAGCAUGC